AUGGGCGAGAGGAGCUGCCCACUUCUGCCGCCGCUGCUGCUGCUGGCGCUGCUGUGGCCCCCAGGACUCGAGAAGCAGGACUCGCAGGAAGAGAACCCGCAGUCAGGUCCCAUGAACACCCUGCUGCUCUCAAGGCCCUGCGGCCGCCGGGAGGUUCGCCCUCUGAUCGUGGGCGGAGUGGAGUCCUCGCGCGGGCGCUGGCCGUGGCAGGCGCUGGUGCGUGUGCGCAAUGUCAAGACGUGCGGAGGGAGCCUGCUCAGCCGCCGCUGGGUGCUGUCGGCCGCGCACUGCUUCAGGAGGUUCUCUCGUGCUUCCAGGUGGAUAGUCCAGCUUGGUGAGCUGACUCUCUUUUCUUUCUGGAGCCUGCAGGCUCACGGAAACCGGUACAGAGUGAAGGACAUCAUUGUGAACCCCCAGGAUGGAGGAAAGUUCCAUGACAUCGCCCUGCUGAGGCUGGCCUCCUCGGUCACCUACAGCAAGUACAUCCAGCCCGUCUGUGUCCUGUCUUCUACCUUCAUGUUCCUGCACCGGUCYGACUGCUGGGUGACUGGUUGGGGAGUCAUCYAUGAGRAUAUGGUACCUCUGCCACCCCCCUACCGCCUCCGGGAGGUGCAGGUCACCAUCCUCAACAACAGCAGGUGCAGGGAGCUGUUCGCGUUGCCCUUUCAGCGCAGCUCCAUCAGUUUCGACAUGCUUUGUGCUGGUGCUGAGAAUGGCAGCAGGGAUACCUGCCACGGUGACUCAGGAGGACCCUUAGUCUGUGAACUGGAAGGGCUGUGGUAUCAGAUUGGAAUUGUGAGCUGGGGAGUGGGCUGUGGUCAACCCAACCGGCCUGGAGUCUACACCAACGUCAGUCUACACUUUGACUGGAUCCGGAUGCUCGUAUCCCGUAAUGACAUGCCCAGGCCUGACCCGUCCCCUGCACUGCUGUUCCUUACUCUGCCCUGGGCUCCCAGGCUCCUGGGGCCAGCCUGA